GAAACCCAGGCUGAGGCUCCCGAGCGCCGGUUGACGAGGCGGGCGGUUCUACUCUCGGCUCCUCCCUACAGGAGCUACAUAUUGAAGACAAUGUCUGGAAGCUUCUACUUUGUAAUUGUUGGCCACCAUGAUAAUCCAGUUUUUGAAAUGGAAUUUUUACCACCUGGGAAAGCAGAAUCCAAAGAUGAUCACCGUCAUCUGAACCAGUUUAUAGCUCAUGCUGCUCUUGACCUUGUGGAUGAAAAUAUGUGGCUUUCUAACAACAUGUACUUAAAAACUGUGGACAAAUUUAAUGAGUGGUUUGUAUCAGCAUUUGUCACUGCAGGACAUAUGAGAUUUAUUAUGCUUCAUGAUGUGAGGCAAGAAGAUGGAAUAAAGAACUUCUUUACUGAUGUCUAUGAUUUGUAUAUAAAGUUUGCGAUGAAUCCAUUUUAUGAACCCAAUUCUCCUAUUCGAUCAAGUGCAUUUGACAGAAAAGUUCAGUUUCUUGGGAAGAAACACCUUUUAAGCUAAAUGGAGAACAACUCUGAAAUAAGCUGUAUCAUCGUGGGGUAUACUCAGGAAUGUGUGUUCUGUAAGUAAUUUGAAAUAGCCUGGAAAACAUUCCCUUAAAAUUGUACUUUGUUUUCAUGAUUAUCAGCAUUAAUAUUUGCUUGUGAACUGUCAUAUUUAUAAACAGCUCUUUACCAGUAAUUUUGAACAUUUUUAUUUAAAAACUUGAGAAAACUUUUCUUUCCGAAGAUAAUGUGAUCUUAAUUUAUCAAUUCAAAAGCGUAUGUCAUAGUUAAUAUUUGUUAGAUUGAUUUAAGACUGAAAAGUUCUGGAGACAUGAAUGAGUUAUAAAUGAGUUAUUUAUACAUUUAGAGAUGUUCUUUUAAAAUGCAUAAUACACUGCAGCACCAAGAAGCUGAAGCAGAAAGCCCAUGCCAAGUGUUUCAUGCUUGUGUACCUCUGCCAGAGGCUGAGAAUAACCACCCUGCUGUAAGCCCUAGAUCUAUGUAUGCUGGACCAGUUACAGGCCUUGGCAAAAUGUGUUACCUGUCACCUUACAUUCUAGUGUUUCCUUUCUCUUAGUAAACUAAAGGUUUAUUUAAAUUUAUUAAUAUCUGUACUUGAAAAAAUGUUAUAAUACAGAUUUAGUAUUACUAAUAAAAGCCUGGGUUACACUGACAUUUGCACUUCACCUUUUAGGCUAUAUACAUGGUGGGAGGUGGCAGAUGUGGCCUCUUGUAUUAGAAAUGUUGGUUUGAUUUUACAGUAGUACAUAUGUAUGGAAAAGCAAACCAGAUUUUCAUGUACACACUGGAAAAUUUCUCUCCAUUCUAACUUUUGAGUAAGUACUUCUAAACUUUCUUGUAUUCUUUGGUGAAGUUAUCAUCUCUUUUUUUUUGAUUUCUUAAAUAAAGAUUUAUAUCCAA